GGUGGAGUAAGGAAAAUGGAGAGGUUGUGUGUAAAUCAAUAGGGUGUGGGGAUCAUAAACACUCUGAUGUAGACAUGACCCUCUACACAGAUCCACCUCUGCCCAAACAAUACUGGAUGGAUCAAGUGAAAUGCACAUCUGAAGAAGAGAGCCUUUGGGAAUGCCUUUAUGUUGACACAAAUAAAAAAGAAAAGUGUGAUGAAAAUAGUUUUGUUGCUGUUGAAUGCUCGGGAGAAGUUAAACUGAGUUUGAAUCUGAAUGGACAGCGUGAUGUAUGUGCUGGUGUGGUGGAGUUCUCAACAGCCAACGGCAUCAUUGGGGUCUGUAAUGAUAACUGGGGUAAGUGGACAAAAACAAGACCAAACAAGAUAUGUCAGGAGCUUGGUUGUGGAGAUCUUCAUUACAUUCCCAAGCCUGGAAUGUUCAAAGAACAACAGAGCGAACGAAAUGUAUUGCUUAAUUGUGUUGGCAAUGAGACGUUCUCUUGGCAGUGUAUGGAGUGGUCAGCCUGCCCGGAGCGAGCCAGUGUGAUCUGCAGCAAUCACACGAGGUUCAGUCUACGAGAUGGCAGCAAUGCUUGCUCUGGGUUGGUGCAAGAGAAAACUGUGAAACAAAAAUCAUGGAAUCCUGUUCAGUCAGCAAAUGUGAAGCCUGAAGUCAUCUGUCCACAACUGAACUGUGGUUCUACUGGAAACUUUACAAAAGGAACUAACAUACUGACCUGCUCAGACCACGUAAAACUCCACAGUUUCACAGCAGAGUGUUUUGGAGAUGUUUCCAUUGAUGUGAAUGGUAGUAACUAUGAAGUGUGCUACAGUGAUCAGGAUUUAAUUCAGUCCCGUAAAAAGAUGGGGGCGGUGGUCUGUCGAGAGCUUGGCUGUGGUGAGAUAGUGCUCGUGGAACAGGGCUCCAAAACUUCUAAUGGUUUGCUGAGUAAUGUUGAUUGUCAGGGCGAUGAACGGUCACUGUGGCAUUGUCUGGCAAUUCAUGAGAAAAAAACAUGCACGGGAACCAAAGUUAUAUGUUCAGGCAGCUUGGAUGUACGUUUGAGUGACGGUCUGGGUCGCUGUUCUGGACGUGUAGAGGUGAAAUGGGAAGGCUCAUGGAGGCCCAUUAUCUCUGAAAGGAACACUAUGAAUUCAGACGUGGUGUGUCAACAUCUAAACUGUGGUGCAUCCUCAAAAAUAAAUAGACAACUUUUUACUGAAGGAGAAAAGACACUGCAAUGGCUGAGGGAUGUCCGGUGUGGAAGCUCUUCAGCAAAGCUCCAUGAGUGUUUCGAGAAUACUGGCUUGAGGACGCCAAGUCUAGAAGAGAAAAACAUAGAAAUCAUUUGCCAAAAGGAAGAACUGAAGUUCUUUGAAGGCGAUUCUCCAUGCAAGGGAAAAGUGCGCAUCAAGCAAUUUGAUGGUAGGACUGUCUGGCUGUCUGCAAAACCAGAGGAAGAGAAUAAGAAAAAAGCCAAUGACACAUGCAAAGCAAUGCAGUGUGGAACUCUGCUCUCCUUUGAACCAGAGCAAAACACCAAAGAUGCCAAAGUCACAUGUUCAGGGUCAAAGACAGAGGAGCCUCGAGUGGCACUUCAAAACUCAUUUGGAGAAAAAUGCUGGGGAAUGGUGAAGGUCUGUGGAGAUGGCAAGUGUGGAGGGGUUUGCAGCAACACUUGGAGAACCGAUGAAGACUCCAAAAUGAUCUGUGGGAACCUGGGCUGUGGAAAUCCAAUUCAAGCCCAGUUACCACUUCAGAUAAAUAAUCUACCUGCCACUUACAGUAGUGUGUACUGCUCAGAAAAUGUACAAAAUAUGACCCUGUGCAAUUUUAUUCCCAACAAAAACCCCACCUGCAAAUCCCUAGCCCACGUGAUAUGCAGAGACAGCAUCAAAGCUAGACAGGAGGAUCCAAGAGACAAAUGCGCUGGAAAAGCGUCACUGUUUUACGCUGGGAAAUGGACACCCAUCUGUAAAGACAGUCUUGAUACAAAUCUUAAAAAAUUGAUCUGCAAGGAACUAUUUUGUGGCGAGAGCAUAAAUGACCAACAUGAUUGGAUUUUGAAUGAAGAAUCUAAAUCUACAGGACUAUCAAGAAUUAAAUGUUUGGAUAAUGCCAACUCUGUUUCCAAAUGUGACCUCAAAGAGGUUUCAGAGAAAGAAUGUAUUGUUGGCUAUCUGAAAUGCACAGAAUGGAAACGAUUGCUCCUCUAUAACAAGGAAGGCGAAUGCAGUGGUCCAGUAUAUGCUCUGCGUGAUAGGAAAACACCCACUCCAGUCAGCACAAAUGGAUGGGGCAACGAGGAAGGACAAAAGCUGUGCGAGUAUCUACAGUGUGGAAAACACAUAUCACACAUCCCUAAAGACACAAACACAAAUGAGUGGUGGAACAAGAUCUAUAAUUGCUCAGGGAAGGAGAAUAUUUGGGAAUGCGAGAGCAAUGAUCAGCCCGCCCAGAAUCAACAGCAGUUAAACAUCCAGUGUGACCUUCACUCCUCUCCAGAUAAACCUCCAAAAAUUAGGCUCUCAAACAACUGCACAGGCGAGGUGCUCAUAGAUAAAGAGCAUGUUUGUGCUUCCCGGUGGGAUGCUGGGAUGUCCAACAAGUUAUGUGACAGCCUCAAUUGUGGUAAGGCACUCUACAGCUGGACCACAGAGUCCACAGAAAAAAAUACCUGGCAUUUCAGCUGCACAGGCAUAGAGACAUCGGUGUGGCAGUGUGGCUCUAGAAAAGACAGCUGUAAGAACAUCCUCUCUGUGGCCUGCAAAGAUAGUGUUGAAUUCAGCUCUACUGAGAAGUGUGGUGGGAAGCUUGUGAUCAAGUAUCAAGGGCGAUGGGAAUAUGUCUGUGGAAAACUGACCACGAAUGAUAACAAGAAGUUUUGUGAUGUGCUUAAGUGCAAUGAUAGACGAGAACUGCUGGAAGAACAGAUAAUAGAAAAAGAAAUAAAGGUGAAAAUUGAUUGCCCAGAAAACCAUUACAACAUUUUUCAGUGCAUGCACCAUCUCAAAAAUGAUAAAUGCAGUCAUGGACCUGCUGAAAUCAAAUGUGAAGGCUAUACUCCACAAACUGCAGAUAAUACUCCAAAACCUGAAGGAUAUACUCCAAAAACUGCAGAUAAUUCUCCAAAUGGAGGUAAUUCUUCAGUGGGUCUGAUAUUGGGUCUGUUAGGAGCUGUGCUGGGGUUGCUGAUUUUGUUUUUAAUGUGGAGAAAUCGGAAACGACUACUUUUAGCCUUAAGAAAUUACAGAAAUAAAAAGGGCAAAGACAUCAACCCAGAUGUGAAUGAAAUGGAUAAGAUGGAUACAGAGGACAAAGGUUUUUCUGAAGAAAAGGCAUCGUUUUUAGAUAAUGAUGACUACGAGGAUGUGGAUUCUCUCAUGGACAAAUCAGGAGAGGAGGAUGAAGAUGACAGAAAGAGGGAUUCUUCUGGGACAGAAUAUGAUGACAUUGAGGGACAAGCCAAUGGAAUCUCUCCUUCUCACACCCACCAUGAUGAAGACCUCGACAUACCUCUCCUUCCCAAGAGACCCGAGAACAUUCUUGAUCAGGACACCUAUGAAGUGGAGACAGAGAAACAGGAGGACUAUGAUGAUGUCAUACCUGUCGAGGCUACAGCCAAUGAAAUUGCAGGGAUUAGAGGCACACGAGCACAUGUAGAUGUAGACGUGGAUGAAGGUGCAGAUUCAGAUUUAGAUGCUGGUCUAUUUGCAAAUGCUGAUGCGGAUAUGUUGACUACAGAGGUAGAAGUUCACGCUCAAGCAGAGUAAUAAAGCAGCCAUGAGACCAAAUUUUUAUUUUAAGAUAAUAUUAAUAAAAUCUAAGAUUGUAUGUUCUUAUGACAGUAAAAUAUUAAGAAGAAAAUAUGGAUAAACAAAUGCUGUUUAAUAAUGAUGCUAGCUCUCAAGAUGAAUAAAAGAAGGGACACAUACACAAACCUGAUUUGGAAUAACAAAAUCUUUAAUUAUCGUCACAACAGUGUAUGAACUGAGGAAAAGAGCUCAUUUUUGUACUGACAAACCAGUCAAACUUUUUGUAAUUCUUAAGGUUUUGAUGUGUAGUUUUGAUCUGUUUGUUCCUGCUUUGCUUGAUUUGUUUUUUAGUCUGUUAGAGCUCAUGAGUAGGCCCACAUGAACUCAGCAAAAAAACCUUGAAAUUCAG